GAUCCGCGCAUCCUCAGUUCGCAUUCGGAGCCCCUGCGAGCUGUUUCUCCUCGAGAAGGAAAAGAAAGAUCCGAAAGGGAGCUUUCAAAUUUCCCCUCCAAGGGAGCCGCGAUUCACAGUCUGCAAUACGAAAACGAGUGCCAAGUUAUCUCGAAGCACGUAGUACAUACAAAAUCCUUUGUCGUCGGUCACCGUUAUUAGAUAGAAAGAAGAGUAUCGUUUCUCGUUUUUCACGGUGGUAUCCCGACCUCGACACGUGACUGCCGCACUAAGCAAAGAACCUCGAAACCGAGAGAGGAGCAACGGACCGUGGUUCUCCUGCACCGUAUAGUCGACGCGAGAGAGGAGACGCUCGCCGAGAUCGUUUCGAGUUGUUCUCCGAUACCGUGACAAAAUCCGGCUCGGGUUCUGGCUGGUCUCUCCGUCGCGGAUUGAGAAUAUCGACACGGGUGUGCUUCCAAUGUAAAUCAACGACCGAAUUAUAAUCACGGAGUGGCAGUUUUUGUGUUUCCACGAGGAAAAGUUUCGAUCCCGCGGUUUUUCAAUUUCGCGCUGGUACAACGGCACGCACGUCGCCCUGAUCUCGAUAAGGAAGAAGUCUCUCUAGCCACUAUCGGAUCGCGAGAAGAUAUAUUGCGCCUAGCUACUCCAGUGUUUCAUAUAUAUUUAUAUACUUUUUUUUUGUGCGACACCGAGAGGGAACAUGUCGACCGCCGUCAUGAGCACACCAAUGUUCGAGUGUAGCGAGCAUCUUUUCAAGAAUGCAGCUACCGCGAAGACAAAGGAGAUAUCCACGUCGUCGACAGCGAGCAACAAUGGCAACAGCACGACCGGUAAUAACGGCGGACACGCGCCCCUACGUCGAAGCUACACCUCCCUGGUAACCACUUUGAUCGAGCAGCAUCGUAAACUGGACCGGAGUGCAAGCGAGCCGACCUCUCGCUACAAAACCGAGUUGUGCCGGCCAUUUGAGGAAAGCGGUACCUGCAAAUAUGGCGACAAGUGUCAGUUCGCGCACGGCUACAGUGAAUUGCGCAAUCUCGCCCGCCAUCCGAAAUACAAGACCGAGCUGUGCCGUACGUUCCACACGAUCGGGUUCUGCCCGUACGGGCCCCGGUGCCAUUUCAUUCACAACUUCGAGGAGGCGCGGAUCCACAACCAAAAAGUGAGCGCGCAGCUGGGCUCGACGCAGCCGAACAUCAUGGGCCUGAAUCCGUUGUUGAGCGCGGCAACGGCAGCGGCGGCGGCCGCGGCGGGCAACAAUUGCAAUGGCUCGAAUGUGAACCUAACCGUGAACAGUGUCAGUCUCCUCGAGCAGAUCGUUGCGUCUCCGCAAGUGGCCGCGGCGGCAGCUGCGGCGACGCCCAGCCUGAUGCGGACCAACUCGUUGAGCCUGUGCAACAACAACAAUCACAGCAACAACAACAACAAUAACAACAACACGUACAACCCACCGUUGCUUAGAACGAACUCGCUGAGCCUGACGACCACUCAGCACCACCAUCAUCACCAUCAUCAUCAUCAUCAUCAGAACGGCACGACGGGCGUCAGCUCAGUUAUCGGCGCUACCAGGCCGAAGCCGUUGAAUCUGAGCCCGACGUUCUCGCUCGGCAGCACGGGGGACUCGAUCUCGCCGUCGUCGAGCCUCAGCCAGUCGCCGACGAACUCGAUGGCCAGCUUCUUCAGCGACGAUUGCAGUCAACAGCCGUCCCUAAGCUUACCCACCACAGCGUUCAGUUUCGGCCAAGAUUUUGGAUUGCUCGCGACGAGACAGAGCCCUAGUCCACGAACUAACAGCAUGUGCAGCCCUUUGAGUUCCGACGAGCUAACGCCGAGGACGCCGUCGCCGUUGUCGCCGAAUGCGGACUCGAGGCUGCCGGUGUUCAACAGGAUCAGCAGCACCCUCGCCGAUUUCGAGAACCUGAAGAUCUAAGGUGCUUCCCCUUCCCCAACCCCCCCAAAACUCCGUAUGUCAGUCGACUGUUUGGUAUAACUUUUCAAAUUUACUUUCCCGAAGACGCACGGACGGCUCACGAAGACGUUAAAACGAAAUGAAACGAAGGAGACAAAGAGCUUCGGAUCCGCAAACACACGCUAAUUUAUCUAACCGCAAAAGACAGGAGAAUGUGAGGGAGAGAGAGAGAGAGAGAGGACGGACUCUUCCACCGACUCGAGGAAAACUAUUCUUUCUUUCGUUCGUUCUUUCCUAUUUUUAUUUACUUUUUACCUUGGGAAACAAACACGCGGUAAUCUGCAUUUCUCGUGUGGGACGGAUCUUCCUCUCCAACGAACUCGGCUUCUUAUUUAAGCGUUUCUUUUCUGUUCGUAGGACACGUUAGACGUUUUACUCUCGUUCUUUAAGCGAUCCAUCUCUUCCUUUCUAUCAUAAUCGUCUUGAUGAUUAUUAUAUUAUAUUAUUAUAUUAUAUAUUAUUAUUAUUAUUAUUAAUAUUAUUAUCAUCGCUAUAAUUUUUAAUAAUAUAAUUAUUAAUAACGUUUAUCAGUAAUAUCGCUAUCGACACUAAAUAUCAUUAUUACUCUUAACCGCAUCAGUAGCGUCAGUCACUGUCUAUCUCUGGCCACCGGAGAAUCUGUUUUCUUCUCUUUUCUUCGAGUACUUUAGGUUUAACGUUCAUUUAGCGGAAAAGUCGAGAUCGUAUCAGCCCGGAUGUCUCGACCCGCUCGCGUGAGAAUCCUCGCGGGACCAUUCGAACGCGGCGUAGGAGAAAACGCGCGAGGGGAAAGAAAGAAAAAAGAUGCCGCGAGCCGGCAACGGACAGGAAGUCGGUGAAACGAGAAGGGGGGACGCGCGUCCAAGUUUCUUCCGAAUCGUAACUUUCCUCGAGCAAGUUGUUCUUUGAUCUCUGUUGGACCCAGACCAAGGUCCCGCGGUCUCGUUCCUCCGGCACCCGCGGCCGCGUUCGUUCGUUGCCGCUCGGGCAUCUCUUCCCUCAGAUCGCCCGCGAGGUAGCUCUCGAAGCGUCGUUCGAUCCGGGGCAGGUGAAACGUUGCAAUAUUCCAAAACACAGAACUUCGUUAGUUUGCGUUUUUCUUCCUGAGUCCCUUCGUUUGUGAAUAUGAAGGGAAAGGGAAGGGAAAGUUGUCUUGAGAGUGAAAGGGCGGCGGGAGAGCGCGGGUCGCGCUCUCGUGCGAGACAGAAAUGAAAGCGGACAGAUUGAUAGAGAAGAGAGAGAGAUAGAGUGAAAGAGGGAGACGGAGGAAGAAAGAGAGAAAGAGAGAGAGAGUGUGUGUGUGUGUAUGAGAGAGAGAGAGAGAUAGGUAGCGUACGGGGGCGGUGACGAAGCGCAUGAAACGGAUCGAGAAUCAAACAUCAUGCUAUGCAAAUUAAGUGGCUUAAGAACUCCGAUUGUCUUCCAAUUUUAGAGAGUGAGUGAAAGUGUGCUUGUGUGAGUGCGUGCGUUGUAGUCCGUGGCAGGAGGAAGAUGGCGCGAGACGCGAUGGUGAGAGCAGGCGAUGUGGCAAUGAGCAAAAGGAAGAUAAUAAGAGAAAGUGGUGCGUUCGCGAGUGUGUGUAGCAUUACGCAUGGGAAACAGUCGUGUCCUCCGAGUAAGUGAAUGAAAGCGUGCUCGUUUAAGGAUAAGUUAUAUACGAAGCCGUUAGGUAUACAUACAUACAUAUAUAUACAUAUAUAUAUAUAUAUAUAAUAUUUUAUAGUUGGGGGAGUCCAUAGGACUUUCGAUCGAAUCGUUUUCGAACGAAAACUUUUCUUACGGUUACAAAUAACGAUAGACACACGCGCAGAUACACAGAGACACACGCGCGCAAUUGUUUUGUUUUUUCCUUUCUUUCUGUUCUUUGUUUUAUUUUUUCUUCUCUUUUACAGAAAGGAUAUACAGAGCAAUUUCGGGAAGAAACAAAAGAUAAAUAAGUGACCGCGGAGAGUUACUUGUUUUGAAUCUUAGGUUUUUAUCGAGUUUUGAUUCUCCGAGACAAUUGUCGAUUUUCACCUCUAUGCUAUUGAACUGAAUUGUCGGUGAUACACGUAGCUCGCCAGAGAGCUUUUUGGUUCCGUUCUUGUUUUCUUUUCUUUUCAAUGCCGUCAACAUCUUCCAGAGACGCAUAGUUUUCCAUUCCUUUUUACGGUUCUUUUGACGCUGAAAACGGCUAGAACUUGAUUCCCUUCCAGAGGUUUUUUUUUCAAAUUCACGAAUGGAAGAAGAGACUUGGUCCAAGUGACGACGGGUCCAAAAAACCAACUUCUCCGGAGAGGUAUUUAAGGCAUUUUUACCAAAAAAAAAUCUCGACAAUUUUAAUAACGCAACAAAAACCAGGAUAAGUAGGUGUAGAGAUAUCGAUGUGGCUUCCUCGUAGUGCCUUAAACCGGGCCUCGAUUAGCAGAUAAAUGACGAGCAUGAAUGGUUAUAAAGUGAGACUGAGAGAGUGUGCGAGUGAGCGAGUGUGUAAUGCGAUAGAAUAAGUGAGAGAGAGAGAAAGAGAGAGAGUGCGUGUGUGUGUGUAUGUGAGAGAGAGUGAGAGGGAGAGUAAAAGUGGUCCAUCAAUUUCGUAGUAUACAAUACAUGGACGUAUGUAUACGCACAUAUUCUCUCCCGUUAAAAAAAAAAAUGUGAUAUGUAACUACUGCAAUAGAAAUAUAAACUAUUAUUAAAAAAAAAUAUUCUAUUAUAGGAAGUGAAACAAGAUGGAGGAAAAAAGAGUAAAUAAGAGAGAAUGUGGAAAGUGCGUGGAUCAGGAUCGAGCGAAAGAGAGAGUGAACGAGAGCAAUGAGGCGGCGUUAUUUUACGAGUGCUUCCGGUUUCGCGGAAGAAAUCACUUUUCGAACAUUCGAAAUUACGUUCCGGGAACGCGGAAUGAUUUAAUACGGCCGAGUUAUCUUUUCGUGACUUGAGAAGGAAAAAGUGACGAGCUGUAGCACCCGAAAAGCUAUUACUUCAACUAGCGCGCCGUCUCUUUGAGAAUUUUUUGAGAUAAAGUUCAAAGAAAAUAUUUAAAAAAAAA